UGAAGAAGGAAAGGAGAGGAGGAAAGAAGGGAGGGACGGAGGAGGAGUAAAUCAGUGUUUGAGACUCUGACGCGGAAGAAGAAUCAGCCUCGGAGGAGGAAGAAGAAACCUCAAAAUGAAGCGGACCCCCUCCGGCUGACUUCACACUUGUUGAAUAACGUUUACAUCCAAACCUGAAAGAGGGGUUCUGGACGAUUUCACAGCCGGAUUGUGACGCGUUUCUCCCGGGCGUGGAGCUGCUGGAUCAGGCUGCACGGCUGACUAACAGACCGGCUGUGCUUGUGACUGAAAAUAUCACCAUUCAUCCAUUUUAUACAGCUGUGGACUCUCUCAGCAUCCAUCUCUAAGCCUACUGAAUCGAUAUUUCAUUAUUUAUUCAUCUAGACUCCCAAGCGGAAUCUCCGGGAAUCACACCGAGCGAGGCGCCCUCUCCGUCAGCGUAGCGCCGCCGGGUGGCACCGCUGUCUCCGGGCGGAGGGACUCUGAUCACGGCGUGGUGGACGCUCUCUCCUCACCGUGAGAAGACUAAGUUUAGAAAGAAAACAAAGCCUCGCUGCCUUCACGGACAACCAGCUAUCUUUUUUUUAAAGAAAGCUGGAUACACGAUUAAUAUUGAACGAGUUGGAUAUCUGUGAGGCGGGAAGCUCCGGGAGACACGCCGACCACAGCGUCUCUCUGCCGGGGCAGCACCGCUGGGUCCAGCCGGCGGGUGGUGGGAUGACUCUCCGCUGGUGUUUAGCGGCGUCAAAUUAGAAAACUAAUCUUGUUUGGAGAACAAAGUCGUGACCUGAUUGCCUACUCUGUAUUUCUGGACUGGAUACUUAUCCUCUGAGGCGGGGGAAAUCUCCAUUAAACACACCGAGCACGGCGCUCUGUCCCCGGGCUGUGGAGCUGCGCUCGGCCCCGGUGGGAUGUCUCUCCUCUGGGGGUGGACUAUUUUCUAUAUAUCCGGGCUUUUCUGCAGUGGAAGUUAAUCCACACUGUACCCCGUAGUGUCGCCCGUGUGUUUCUGUGUAGGAUUGUGUAGGAGGACAUGGCGGAAUCAGGUAGGGCCAGACCGGCGGACCCUGACGCCGCGGACAGCUGGACAGAAAGCCCUGUGGCAGGGAAGAAGAGGGCCCAGCACUCCCCGGGUCUCCGUACCAAGUACCAGAGCUCCGCACCGGGUCACUGCCUCAGGAAAGUCACCCUGACCAAACCCACUUUCUGCCACAGCUGCAGCGACUUCAUCUGGGGUCUCAUCGGCUUCCUGUGUGAAGUGUGUAACUUCAUGUGUCACGAGAAAUGUCUGAAGACGCUGCGAUCAGUUUGCUCCUGCAUGACUCCGUCUCUGGUGCGGGUCCCGGUGGCUCACUGCUUCGGUCCGGCGGGUCACAAGAAACGUUUCUGCUGCGUCUGCAGAAAACAAACGGAAGGAAACACAGCCCUACGCUGUGAAGUCUGUGAGCUGCACGUCCACGCUGACUGUGCCGUGUUCAGCUGUGCAGACUGUCGCAGCAGUCACCUGGACGCCACUCUGCAGCAGGAUACGUUCCACCACCACUGGAGGGAGGGGAACAUGCCAUCAGCGUCCAGGUGCGAGGUGUGUCGGCGGUCCUGCGGGUCCUCCGAUGUCAUGGCGGGGAUGAGGUGCGAGUGGUGCGGCAUCACGAGUCAUGCGGCUUGUUACCUCGGCAUUCCACCAGAGUGCACUCUGGGACGUCUGCGCUCCAUGCUGCUGCACCCGGCCUGCGUCCGCCUCCACUCCAGAAACUUCAGCAAGAUGCACUGCUACAGAAUCACCGAGAGCUGCAGCCAAGAACUGGAUAACUCAGACGACGUUGAUGCGUCUGCUGCUGUGUCUAAAGACGGUCAGCCGGCUGCUCCAGAGUCAGGUAAACAGUUCUUGAAGGUGUUUGAUGGCGAUGAUGCCGUUAAGCGCGGCUGCUUCCGAUCGGUCUCCCUCCUCCGAGCCACGAGGAACGAGGAAGUGGUGGAGGCAGCACUGAGGGCCUUCUACCUCCCUGACGAACCUCAAAACUUCGAGCUGCAAGAAGUCAGAGCGAUGCAGUGUCUCCAUAGCGACGACAUCCUCAACCGCAACGGCAGCCCGGACAACAGGAGCUCCCUGAAGGACGGAGCAGACACCUGGCUGCUGAGAGCCAAACCCCGAGGCGCCGAGGUCAUCCAGGUGCACGCAGGAUGGCCCAGGUCAGGUGCAGCUUUCGCCUCUGUCUCCGUCUCUAAGAACAGCACAGCAGCUUCAGUCCUCUCUGAGGUCCUCAAUCAGCUCGACAGAAAGGGAGAAGAUUCGUCUAAUUUCAGUCUGAUGGAGGUUUACAUGAGCAGCAAGCAAGUGCAGAGACAGACUCUGACCCCUCAGGAGAACAUUCUGGAGAAGCUGCAGGAGAUCAGAAAGAUGUCUGUUCGUCAGAUGAAUCAGACUCGGUUUUACAUUGUGGAGAACAUCAACCGAGCGGUGCAGGUCAGCCUUCUGAUCGGAGGACUGCCCUCCCUGUUGGCCAAAGAAGAGUACGUCCAGCUGAUCGUGGAACACCUGACCAUCAAGAGUCACCUGGUCACCAUCAGCCACAUCUAUGACAGUCAAGGUGCGGUGGCGUUGCAGAUCUCGUGUUUUUCUGAAGCAGAGAGGAUCUACAUGUUGGCUAAAGACACAACAGUCAACAACAAGACGCUAACGUCACUCGUCAUCCCAGAGAUCCUGCACAAGAAGCUGGGAGACGGCAUCUGUCCUCUGCUGGUGUUUGUUAAUCCAAAGAGCGGCGGCAUGAAGGGCAGAGAGCUUCUCUACGGCUUCCGGAAACUUCUCAACCCUCACCAGGUCUUUGACAUCUCCAACGGAGGACCACUGGCCGGCCUGCAUACGUUCCGAGAGGUUCCCAGGUUCCGGGUGCUGGUCUGUGGAGGUGAUGGGACGGUGGGCUGGGUGCUUGGAGUACUUGAGGCAGUCCGUCACAAACUGGUGUGUCGAGAGCCGCCCAUCGGCAUCGUACCUCUGGGAACAGGUAACGACUUGGCUCGUGUCCUGCGUUGGGGAACGGGUUACAGCGGCGAGGACCCCCACCACAUCCUGGUCUCUGUAGACGAGGCGGACGUGGUCCUGAUGGACCGUUGGACCAUCCUGCUGGACGCUCAGGACAUCUCUGAGGACGGGAAGGACAACGGCUUCCUGGAGCCUCCAAAGAUUGUGCAGAUGAACAACUACUUUGGUCUGGGCAUUGACGCAGAACUCAGCCUGGACUUUCACCGCAGAGAGGACGAACCUGAUAAAUUCACCAGCAGGUUCCAUAACAAAGGUGUGUACGUGAAGGUGGGCCUGCAAAAGAUCAGCUACACCAGGAGUCUCCACAAAGAGCUGCAGCUGCAGGUGGACGCUCAGAACGUCCAACUACCCAACAUAGAGGGGCUGAUCUUCUUAAAUAUACCCAGUUGGGGUUCAGGUGCAGAUCUCUGGGGGUCAGAGGCGGAUGGUCGCCAUGGGAAACCAAGGAUAGAUGAUGGCCUACUGGAGGUGGUUGGUGUCACCGGGGUGGUCCACAUGGGCCAGGUACAGAGCGGCAUGCGUUCAGGGAUUCGUAUUGCUCAAGGGAACUACAUCAGGUUGACUGUGAGCAAACCCAUACCUGUGCAGGUGGACGGAGAACCGUGGAUCCAACCGCCAGGACACAUUAUCAUCUCUGCUGCUGGACCCAAGGUUCGGAUGCUGAGAAAGUCCAAGCAUAAGCAGAAGAAGUCCUCUGCCGGCGUGAAAGAAGGACAUUCUGAGAGUCCUUCCUCCAGAGACGGGGGACACUGAAGGACUCUCCUGAAAACCCCGAGUCCUGCCUUUUACCUGCUUCCCGUUGAACCUGGGAGGCCAUUUUGGUGCCAUCAGCAAGCUGUGACUUCACUCAUGUAGCUUUGUUGCGAUGCUGACAGGAUCCAGAUCAACAAUGAGAGACUGAAGGAGGUUUAAUGUUUACUGCCUGAAAGAGGAAGUCCUGGAUCAAACCAAGUUUGUCUCAGUGUGGAUCAAGUCCACCUGCUGCUGGUAAAACACUUACAGAAUCACAAUACGCGCAGUAAAUAUUCAGCAGUCUAAAAAUGUUAACCUUAAACACAAUAUAGCAAUGAAUGAAUAGAUCCAUAAAAAGGAUUUCUGCUUAAAAAAGAGUUUAUAUUGAAUUUUGACAAUUUCUCAGUAUGGAUAAGCUUUAGAGUUGAACAAACCAAGUAUUAAACAGAAGUUUCAAAAUGUCCUUCCUAAAGUGACUGUAAAUGUGUAGCAGUAGACUCAGUGUCAGUUGAUAUAUUAAAAUAAUUUAUGUUAGUGCAGCUAUAGAGGGAGUUUGACCUCCUUUAUGGUCAUGUUUAAUAGGAGAAAUUUCAAAUCGAAGCACUGCUAAAGAGAAGUUUAAGAAGUUGUAACCUCAUAAUGUUUAUUAAUUGCUAAAUCUCCUGGGAGGCUCAACUGGCUUUAUUCUUCUUCUCUUGUAAAGUUGUUUGGUAAUGUUGGUUUUGGAAGACAUUUAUGUUGUGGUGAAGCUUGCCAAAGCUAAUGAGCGCACAAAAUCCAACAAGAAAUCCCUGAUUAUUUGAAACCACAGUGCCCACUGGAACUGAAAGUUUAAGAGCCAAGAAACCUAUGAGAAAAUUAAAUUCAGAUUAUUGUGAGCUGCGGUAAAGAGCAGAGAUAAACUGCCUGAAGCACAGCAGCUGUGAAUAACAAGCCCGACUGACAAAGUUUGUUUUGCCACAAAUUAUCUUGUAAAAUUAUAACUUCUGGAAAGAUUUGUUUGGGCAGAUCCGAAUAGCUUUUGUGCACAAGAUUGAAGAGAAAACAUCUUUAGUUUUAGUUUGUAGAAAACCUUUUAAAACCUUCUCAUGAUCCGUUCAGACUGACAAAAGAAAGAAGAGAAAUCUGGCAGCUACUUUAACAGUGUCUGCUUUUAAAUGAGAUUAAUUGCUUCAACUACUAGCAUACAAAAAAAAACACAUAUUUGUAAUUUCUACAGACUACAUCUUGCUAAAAAAAUGAUUUAAAAAAAUAUAGAAUGAAAAAGAAGUGAAUAUGUGGUUUUUAAAAUAGUGCUAAAAGUUUACUUAAAAUAUGGUGAGCACAAGGCUUACUAAGCAAAUUUUAAAUGACUAAGUUGGGGUCCUUAACUUAAGAAUGACUUAAAAUAGCUUUAAAAAUGCAGCAACACAAUGUCCUCAAAGGAAUGGAGACAAUAUGGUUAAAGUUUCUCAUCUAACUUAAAUUAAUAAAUUCAAUUUUUGUGAGCCAGGCUUUUAAGUGAUCUUAAAAAAAACUAGACAACAUUAGUAAGGGAAAAAUGCUUAUGAAAUGAAUUAAUUUAUAAAAAAUGUGGGACAAAAUGUAGCAGUGUUGUUUAGCUACUAUUACAGGUAUACACUAGCUGGAAAACUAGCUGCAUUUCUAGCAAAAUUAAGUUAGUACUAAGCUCAUACUAAGCUAGCUUUAUCAAGCUAGUUUUCUAGUUUACCACUAAGCUAGUUCAUUGGCUAGCCUGCCAAAGAAACUUACUUUGUUGAUUUAUUUUGUAGAUGCAGUUGAAGAUUAAAAUUGCUAAAAUGUGAGAAAACUGUUGAGUAACUAAAGUGAACAAGAAGCUUGAAAACUAGUGUGUUAGUUUGGCUCGCUGGCUGCCAAGCUAGUAAGCUCACCAAAAUACAAAUUAAUAAGAGGCAAGAAAUUAAGUACUUUUUGGAUACUGAUUACUUACAUGAGGAAACAAAAUACCAUUGGUUAUAGUAUCAGUUGUUGUUGUUUGCAAUUUGUGUUUUAAAAAAAGCUUAAAGUCCCAAGGAAAUGAGAAGUACAUUUUCCCGGUUUUAAUCGUUCCUGUUUUAAAUGUUCAUUUAUCUGCCAAAUAUAUUUCAAGGAAACAUUAUCUGAGUAUUUUUUUUUUUAGUUAUCUUGAGAUUACAUGAUAAAUAAUUUGAGCUCUUUAUAAAACAAAUGAAAUGUACUCGUUAUCACAGGGAAAACAGUCAAAAAAUAAGUCUGGAUGUUUGUCAACUUAGGGCUUCCGUAUAAUCGAUACCCCCCUGACACUAUAAAAUAAGUGAGUGAAGAAAAUUGUUUCCUGACAUAAAAUGACCUCCUAGUUUAAAUUUUCAAGAUGAAUCCCCUUGUACAGAGGCCAAUAACAUUGUGUGAUAAUCCAACAAUUUAAUAGUAAUUAGCUUACUUUACUGCCUCUUAAUGUCCAAUAUUAAUCCAAACUCAUUUGAAUCAUUUCCCAUUUUUUUGCUCUUGAUGCAUUAAGGAAAAGCUUCUCAUUUAGCUUCAGCUGCCAGCCUUCUUUAAACAACCUCUGACAGAGAUAAAGGAGGAUUCAAUGAGCUUCGACCACAUUCCCAGAGAUGCAGAAUGCUAAAUAACAUGUACAGACAAACUGGAAUAGGCAAGGGAUUUAAAUGCUGAAGCUCCCAGCUCUUAAUGUAGCCACAGCAGUAUUGGUUGACUAUACUUUGGUUGUGAUAUAUUCAGGUUUUUAUUUUCUGCAUAAACUGAUUUAUUUUAAAGUUUUUGGUGCUAGAAGUUAACAAAAUGUUCUUUGUUUGGUGGAAGUUUCAACAAUCUGUGUCAUUUAAAGCCUGAAACCAGACUGUAGAUCUUUUCUGGGAGAAGAAAAUAUAUUUGAACGCAGGUUUUUUUUUACCCCAGGUAGCUGCACUUAAUAAUUCAACUGAUUUCAUGAACAGUUACGGGUUUCUGGCCUUGAAUGAAUAAAGAUCUGAGACUGAUGCUGAUACAUCAGUUGGCAUUAACUGUUAAUCUUUGUUCACUAUGGAGUAAACUAAGUUUCUUCAGUACGUAGUCAGAGUUGCUGACUCUGUGUACUGUAAAUGUAGCUGUGAGUAGUUGCAACACAUAUGAGAUACUGUCACAGUGUUUUAUUACAUGCAUGAAGUACUGUAGCUCUGAGGGUUGUGUAUUUACAGCAGUGUUUUGUCGCCUUUUUGCUCUGUCAGACUGUCUGCCAUCGCUGAUACAGAUCAAUAACUGUAGUGUUUUUUAUGUAUCUCAAAUGAGAUUGUUCAAAGAAAAACACACUAUCUUUGCAUCAGACAGCUGUAAAAUCAGCUUAAAUGCACCAAUAGUUUUCUUAAAAGUCUGUCCUCAACAUAGCAAAUGUGGUGUUUCCUAACACUGACAGAACAAAUUGAAAGCAUUAAGCUAUAAUUGAUGAUUUAAUGCCAUUUUAAACCAGAACAUUUAUGUAAUGGCUGCAUUUAGGGUUGUCAUAAUACCAGAAUUCAAAACUUCUAGAAGAACUAGGCAACCAAUAUUGGGGUAAAAUAUUGGGUCAUUUCUUGUUUGCAGUUUUAAAAGAUUGCAGACAAACUCCUGCACACUGUCUAUAUUUCACAAAUACAUUGGUAACGUUCAUUUAUUUGUGCAAUUUAGAGAGCGUGCAGAUAAUGGUUGUCGAUACUAUUGAUCAUAAAAAAAGAGAGAUUGUAUUGUAUGUAAACAUGAGGUAUUGAAACACAUCACACAUUCUGACAACCUUACUGCAUAGUUCCCACAUGUAAAAAUGUUCACUAUGUCUGCUGAAUCCAUUUAGACAGAUUUCAAAUGAUCUCACUCUUUUGAAUCACCACUAGGACUUUUUCAACAAUUUUGGACAAAACAUCAUUUGAAAAAAAAAAAAACAACUCAAAAAAAUAGUUCCUUCUUUAUCCCAUAACUUUAAAAUCCAAAAGACUUCAUGUAUUUUAUUUCUUUGUUUGAUGCCAUAAUCUUGUAGUAUUGUCGCUGAAUGUAAAAAAAAAAAAAAGUGCUUUAAAGUGUUUUUUCUGCUUCUCUGCAUCCGUCGUGCCUCAUAGCGUCUGACUCACAUGUCGUUGUUAAGCCCCGCCUUCCUGACACCAGGGUGGUGUUUGGUCUGCAGGUGGAGGUCUGCGUAGUGCCUCGUAGAAACGCUUUGAUACCCUCAGUGCUCUGAUGUUUAACGUGUGUGCGUUCAGUGGUGUUCUGAGCUAACGUGCCUCCAGAUGUCAUCUAGAAUUUCUCUUUUUCUUUUGCUGUACCUUUGUUUGGUUUUUACCUGAAGUUUUAUUAAAUAGAUGAUAUGUAUAUUUUUGCAGAAAGAAGCUGUUUUUUUAUUUUAACUGUAAAGUUUUAACUGUAAAUUGCACUAAUUGUUUUACAGAUGCUCUUAGAUGUGACGUUCAGGUUAUAAUGAAUGUUGAAAAGUUAAAUAUAUAAAUCUUAUAUAUGUUUAAAUAACUGAUUCUUAUAUGUGUUUGCUCACAAUAAACUAAAGACCAUCUAAGAACUAAACACA